AUGGGUAUCAAAGGCCUACACCAAUAUUUACGAACAUCAAACAGCUUGCAACAGGGUGUGAAUGUUCCUCAGCAACUUGGUGAAAACAACACAAACACCAUCUUUGUCGACUUUUGCUGUGAAUUUUUCCAGCUUUUUCAGAUCACUUCAGCAUUGGAACUUUUUCGCCUUCAGCUUCGAGGUGCAAACACAGAAAAUAACGUCAACACCUUCUAUCUUGUACUGGGUGAAUUCGUUGCCGUUGUGUUGGAGCGGCUUCAUCAUCUUCUUAACCAGGUACCAGGGCUUACUACUAUAUGCCUUGUUAUCGAUGGUGAUCCGCUUUAUGCCAAGAAGGAGACACACAAGGCACGCAAGCUACGUCGACAAGAUGCUAUCAAGUUGGCAAGAAGAAGGUUUCCGGGUAAUCCCAACAACAUUCCUGAUCCCCAACUAAGCAAGUAUGCGAAGCAAUGGUUGACGUUCACUACGGCUAUGAAGAACUUUAUCGUUCAAGAUUUGGUAUUCCGUGGGCACCAUCAUUACGAUGAAAAUGAUCCCAAUCAACAAGGCAUCGUUUAUGUAUCAGCUCCAUUUGAAGCUGAUCCAGUUGUCGUUCAUUUGUCCAACAAUCGACCAAACUCUGCAAUCAUCUCAAGGGACGGUGAUUUGUUUGCGUAUUAUGGUGCUGUUGAUGUUCCGCGUAUCGUAAAGUUCAACUGGGACAUUGGAGCACAAUUUGGUCAAGGUGACAUGACAACCAAACGCCAGCUAUUGAAUACAUUAGCCGGUCAUGAUAUAGCUGACGAACAAGAAUUGGUCAUGGCUCAAAUCGAAUUCGCUGUUCAUGCUGCUGCUUCCGGCAACGAUUAUGCCCACAACAUACCUCAGAUAUCAUUUAACAAGAUCCAUGAAAGCUUACAAGCAUUACGUCCACAUGCAGGAAAUGCCAACAAUGUCCUUCAAAGACUCAUUGAUGCAUUGGGGAAUCGGGUCACUCCUUUCUUUGUUCAAAGCUUCCAAGUUGCGUUAUCACAAUACGCUUAUCCAAUUGUGGGUGCAAAUGGUCAACGCUCUGAAGCCAUGCCCUUUGAAAUCAUUGGAAAUGUUCUACAAUACACUGGAGCUGAACCAGCAUAUCCAACCACUGGACCUCAACCACAAGGUUCGCGGUACACAUUCCUUCCACCUGAUGGUAGUUAUUUCCAGGAGCAGUGGGGUCAUACGAGUCCCGAGAACGUUGAUCCUUUACGACCAGGACCCCCGCCAAGGUUGGUGUCACGUGCGAAAAAAGCAAAAAGAAACAUUUCAUCCAAGGUCAAGAAAAUAAGGGCUUUCGUGGAUAAUCAGGAAUUCAGGCAUCCAGACGGUGAAUCUUCGACCACAUACUCACAAAAAUCUCGAUACAAGGUGACAUGCCAAGCAGGACUAUAUUCUUCGGUGCUGGCUAUAGACAAACGUAACGCCAUUCAAGCUACCAUCAUUACGAAUGCAAUGCGUACUUUGGUCAACAAGAUGUCCUUUGCAAGAUUUGCUUGUCUCCAUAUUGCGGAUAUUGCCAUGAGACAGGCAUUCACCACCUUGAACCCACAACAGCGCUAUGUGUUCUAUUCUCGUUUUUUCGAUGAAGAUACCGAGAUACGCGAAGAAACUUGGCGUAGACUUGUCUAUUGUGCUAUGAAUUACCAACCUGGUAGUACAAUUACUACAUACGAAGAUCGCGGAGCAGCAAUAGUGGCCACUGUUUCAGAUAGAGUUAACGACAUUGUGGAUGUUAACGGCAAUAUACACAAUGGCAACCAUCACCUUUUCAAGGCCUAUGAAGGCGAUGUUGCGUACAUCUACCUUUACCAUCUUAUGCAAGAUGAACCAGUUACUUGCCAUAUUUUUCUCAAAGCAAGAAAAAUAUGGUACAGUGGAGAAUUCGGUAUGCUUCACGGAUUAGUGCCUGCAAGUCUUUACAUGGGAACCAUGGUGACCGAGAUUGUACAUGAACUCGAUUUGUCGUUUCGCCAAAAUGUCGUCAAAAAUUUCAGGGCAAGGUAUUGUGAUUACCUGCGACGACGAUUACAAGAGACUGCGCAGUGUCCACAAGGUUGGGAUAAUAAUGAAGAUUUCCGCAACACGAUUAUCCAAGCGGUACAAGCCCAAACACGGCAACAAGCUAUAAACACCGUCCAACAAGACCAGAAUAUUGCUCCAGGCAUUCGGCCUGCUGUCAACAAUUUUGUUCAAAGAAUGCACAGCAAAUAUCAUAUGAAUCUACAAGGAUUUGAUCAUAACGUGUGUAUACAAGAGUUGAUCAAUGAAGCAACGGUUCCUCUGCAAUGGCCUGCCAACCGAGAUCGUCUCGUUCGUUAUAUUUUCCAGCAAAUUUGGAACGUACCACUGUAUUCAGGCGAAGACAAUAGGGACAUCGAUGAGCAAGCCGAUAACCAACAGGCAUAUCAAGAUAUACAGAAUCUACCCCCGGGUAUCCAAGAUGCUAUUACCGACUUCAUAAAUGGUGAGCGCGAUCUUCAAGUCAUCGACAUACCAGUCCAACAAUAUGAUCUUCGUGCAUGUCUCGGUAUUGAGCCUCCUGGUGAACCACAAGUGAUUAAUGAACCGAAUCCUGUUGAACUUGGAACAGUACGCCCUCGUAAUGGUAAUGGUAAUGGUAACGGCAACCAUAACGCCAAUCCUGACGACAAUGCAAAUUACCUUGGUAAUGCGGACGACGAUGAGUUUGAGGAAGAUGACCUUGAAGACGAGUACUACGGCCGUCCACUUAAGGGAUUGGCAACAAGACUUGUUCCGCUUAUGGUGUAUAUGCUCCAGCAUUGUAAUGGGUACCUUACUUUCCCUCUGACUCCACAUCAGCCAUGGGGCCCCAUUGCGAUACCUUUCAAUCACAGCGGCGUAAAAGAAAUGUUCUUUACGGGAAAUCAUUUCAAACAUUUAGUGACUCCUCAAAUCAGUGAUAUGCAACAACGUAUUAUCGACGCCAUCCAAGGUGGACACAUGGAAAUUGCAGAUCAGUUAGAGCAAGAAUUGGACACCAUGAACGCCGAGAUCAAAAAAUUCAUUGAUUUGCCAUACAGAGUCAAUCGUUUCAAUCAGUUAUUUGAUAUCAAGAGAUGCGCGACAAUAAUCAACGGUGAAAAACAAGUGACCAAUCGUGGCUAUUUACGGUGGUUAGGUUCUUAUAUUCCUGGGACCAGUACAAAACGUUUUACACCAAGACGGUUGAUCCGUACCGAUGGUAUGCGCAUCUACGUCAUUUAUGCUGACUGGUUGCGUGGUAAACGAGAAGGUGUCCAGGCCCGGUUCAUGACGGAGUCACGGAGAACAACUCGGGAAGCAAUGAUCCCGUUGCUCUCCCCUGCCAAUGAAGGGAUGCGUCAAGGUGUAGAUUUAUCAGAUUCAUACCGUGGUGUCGUUGGUAUGGAUUUUGGAGAAGUUUGUCCGGUGGCUUCGGUCUAUAGGCCCACUGUUUCUACGUUGCAAGGGUCACAGCUGGUUAUUAAGAGAGGUUUUCUAUACGGUCGAACUUUCUUGAACCGCGACCAAUACAACAACAUGAAGGCUGCAAAUGGCAUUGACCAGUUACUUUCCGAGUUGGGUACAUCGACUUAUCAAGGAACAUACGAACAAUUGAUGCAGUACUUGGAUUUGAUCAAGGGAAACACCAGGGCGUAUCGACUAUGGAUGUUCCAAUCCAAGGCUUCGGUAAUGAGAUUCAAAUGGGAUAACUUCAUGUCUUUGCGUUCGAGGUUGGAUCAAGCUUGCUCCCUGGUCAUUAACCAAGCUUCGGCAACUAAUGAUGAUGAUGACGACGACAGACCUUUGAUAUUCGGAUUCGGCUUGGAUGGUAUCAGUCAACGUAACAGGCGUGGCGCUGUCGCACCUAUGGAUCAAAAGCUCAUCAACGCCUUAUUCCAUAAAAUCAAGCAAACGAAUCGCUUAAAAGAUAGGGAAGAUCGUGAUAUAUGCACUCGAGUGGACGAAUACAUGACUUCACAGACAUGUUGCCGUUGUAUUAAGGAAAGUGUAAUAAGCCAAGUCAACUAUCUUGUCCGUCAGGCCACCAUUUUCGAUCGCAUGGCACAAAAUGCACAAGGUCAAGUAGAGGUUUUGCGAGUCGUUCGAUGCCAGCAUAACGAUCAGCACACAUACCAUCGCGAUGGCAACGCUGCCGAAAAUAUGGCGACUAUACUCCGUUAUAUGAUACGUUUCCAACAGCGACCACUCCGCUUCAUCAGACAAUCGCGUUUACCUCAAGAACAGCAAUAA